CUGGAUUUCUACAUCAUGAAGCUGUGGAUUCUUGCAGUUGUUGCUGCCUUAAUGUUAGUUGGAGCAUCAGCCCAGGAGUGUCAAUGUGACACCGUGAAAUGGGCUUCCUGUACUGGGCCUCCAUGCCAGUGUACCAUCCCCUUGACAAAAGAUAUUAACCAACCCUUAAACUGCAAUGCAUUGGCCCCCAAAUGUUUCUUGAUGAAGACGGAGAUGCUCAGAAGGUCAAAAGGCAGAGACACCCGCACUGUGGGGAGACCAGGGGAGGGCUUUGUGGACAACGAUGUCAUCUACGACCCAGAGUGUGAGAACGACGGAAAAUUCAAGCCCAAGCAGUGCAACAAUACAGAGGAGUGUUGGUGCGUCAACAGCGCUGGGGUGCGCCGCACAGAAAAGGAAGGCAAAGACCUCAUCUGUGACAAGUUGGUGGAGACCUACUGGAUCCGUCUGAUCCUGGAACAUGCACCUCUUCAGGGGUCAGUGGAUAAAAACUUGUUGAAGAGCGCUCUUGGCGAUGCCAUUCAAGCACGCUACAAGUUUGACAAGAGCUUGGUGAAAGAAGUUGAGUAUGAUGCUGAUGCCAAAAAGAUCCAGGUGGACAUAAAGAAACCCAUGAAUGACACUGUAAUUAAACUGGCUGAUAUGGCUUACUACAUGGAAAGAGAAAUAAAGAAGACCCCAAUGUUUGUUGACCAGAACAAGUUCGCUCCUAUGGUGGGCGGCCAAAAGCUAGACUUUACCAACAUCUUGGUCUACUAUGUGGACGCAGAGCCCCCCACAUUCAAAGUGAACCGCUUGGCGGGGGGAGUCAUCGCCGCCAUCGUGGUUGUGUUGCUGAUUGUGGCAGCCGGGCUGCUGCUUCUGUUCUUCUGGAAUCGUCGUAACAAGAAGUACAGGAAAACACAGGUAAGACAUUUCCUAUCAGUGUUUUUAGGUUUGUAAAUAAUGACGUGAUUUUA